UCACAAGGUGACUUUAUUAUCCUAAUAUACAAUAAGGCUUGACAUAAUUCAUCAACAAUACCCCCUCUCCCCAGUACAAAGUAUAACAUUAAGCAAAUGGUGGGGUGUAGCAGAACAGAAGCCAUAGCAUUGCCUCCCAUCCCUAUGCAGCGCUAUCCCCCUGAGAAGUAGUUAAGGGGAGUCAAGGCUGUUUUUCUGCAUUUUAACCUGUGCAGCGUUGGAAGAAAGCCUCUGUUUUCCCACGGUCUGCCCUAAUGCAUUCAAAGGGAGUGAGUCCUUGUCUAGUCAACUAACCCCCCCUAGUGCUGAGCACUGUAUGUGACCUGCGCAGAGCAGCCGGGAAAGCUCCUCUGUACCUCUCUGCGCUCAGCUAUCAUUCCCCUCCAGUGGAGAGAUACAUCAGAGCAGCUGGAUUCUCUCAACCCUGUGUAUCCUCUAUCACUUGCGCCUCUUUAUUCAUCUCAUUCCCCUCCGCUGCUCGGUCGCACAGGCUGCCAUGGAGGCGACUUGUCGCAGGACAGGGAGACUGACUUUAACGAUGUGCAGCUUGGGCUUCUUACAUUCCCCUGCGCUUUGAUAGCAGCAGCCCCAAUACACAGCGCCGACCCCAGUACUGUGGAUAAAACUGUCAGCUUGAGACUGCCUUGGGGGCCAGCCCUAGACUUUGUACUUAAAGAGGACUAGCUGAUGGCUAUUUAGGAUGCCCUGUUGGCAACCUUAACGAUUGCUUCAUAGGAGUAUGGUGAGGGGGAGAGUGGGGUUCUCUGCCACUGACUCAAUUUGGGGAGAAGGAGACUUGGUGCUUAUGUUAGCGGGGGGAUGGGGGAAAUUAUAUGUGAAGGGAAGGAUCGGCUGGACACCUUCAAACUUCACUUGUGUGACCCCCAGCUGAGGAACAGCCAGGUAACGCUGCUGCCGGUACUAGCGAUCGCUGAGCAUAGGUGGGUCAGGUCUGACACAGCCCAAGUACUUGCCCUGGCACUAAGCUUCCAUAUCCUCACACCGUCCGAGCAUCCCUAAGGCUCCCCCGGCUCAUUCCCGCAGCCUAAAUCCCACAGCAAACGCCGGCGGUGGUUAUUUGGAAGUGUGAAGGUUUGGGAAUCGGCUGCGGUUGCCCGAUAUGCAUUGGAGCUUCUCCGGGUCGCACCGUCUGCCCCGCUGUUUGGUGUUACCAGCGUUUCUGCGCAGCCAACAGUUCUAGGAUUCGGCUGAGUUGCCCUUCUGCCCCGGUGCGCUUUAUAUGGGAUUCUGUCCUAGCGACUAACGCCGAUGUGCGCAGUCCUUGGCCGCUGAUUUACGCAGGGGGCUCUGUGCUUUCCAAUGUACCGGGAGCUGUUCGAGGUGCUGGUUUCUGCCCAGUCCGGGAAUCUACAUAGGAUUUGGCCAGGGCGCUCUCCUUGGUGCUGGAUUCUGCUGAGUUGCGAUUCCCGCAAGUGAAGAGCGCUCGACUCGGUGCUUUUCCCAGCGGUGCAGUAGGUGCGUUUCCCAGCGGCGCAGUAGGUGCGUUUCCCAGCGGCGCAAUAGGUGCGUUUCCCAGCGGCGCAAUAGGUGCGUUUCCCAACAGUCCAACAGCGGCGCAGUAGCUGUGUUUCCCAGCGGCGCAAUAGGUGCGUUUCCCCCACAGUCCAACAGCGGCGCAGUAAGUGACCCAAGAGCGCCCCCCACUAACCCUGUCUGAUUGGGAACUAAAAACAUUCCACUUAUCUGGCUCCAACAAAUCAGACGAGAAAUAGCGAUGCUGCUACUGCUGCACAGGAUCCCACCGCAAAAGAAAUACAGCAUCGUGUCUGCACCAAGGCAGUGCCCCCCACUGGGUGUAAGUGGCAGUCUGUAGCGACUAUUGGAAGCCUGAGAGGUAAGGGGAACACCUGGAGUGUCAGACAUCAGUCCAUUUCUUUCCCUUUAACUGUGGUGAGGGGCCACAGUCAGUCUAGGCCAAAUUGAACCUGCUUUUGGGAAAGUUCUUAUGUACCUCAUACAGCUGAUCACAUGUAGAUUUACUCAGCCUAAACAAUUCAUCAUCUAUAUUUAUGCAAACUGACUGGAAGACAUCAAACUGCAUUCCUAACUGGAAGAUACAAUCACUUGAGUGCAAAGAAAGGAUUCUGGAAGAAGGUUUUGUGCUUAUAGUUUAGUUUGUGUCCAUAUGGUUGGCUGACCCAGAGAACUCACAUUUCCCCAGUGGGGGGAGUGGUCAUGUUCUGCCCCUGAGGAGCUGGAGAUCAAACUCAGUUCUGGAUUGUUACAUUCCAUGCUGUGGCCAUCAGGGAAGGAUCUAGCAGUCAAGGGGAAACUGGAGCUGCCUAGCAGGGGAGAAGGACAGUCAUGGGGAAAUGGGACUGGAGAACUGUCCUGGAGAAAACUGUUCUGCUCCUGUCCAUAGUCGGCAGCUUCAGGGUCGGCUCCAACCACCUCUCCGACAACCAAGUUGUGCUUCUUGAUACAACAACAGCAAUCGGUGAAUUGGGAUGGAAGACAUAUCCAGUAAAUGGGUGGGAUGCCAUCACAGAAAUGGAUGAAUACAACCGGCCCAUUCAUACUUAUCAAGUCUGCAAUGUGAUGGAAGCAAACCAAAACAAUUGGCUUCGAACAAACUGGAUAUCCCGCGAUGCAGCACAGAAAGUGUUUGUGGAGAUGAAAUUUACUCUGAGAGACUGUAACAGCAUACCCUGGGUUGUGGGAACGUGCAAGGAAACAUUCAAUUUGCACUAUAUGGAGUCAGAUGAUGCUCAUGCCGUCAAGUUCAAACCAACCCAAUAUAGUAAAAUCGACACCAUUGCUGCUGAUGAGAGUUUUACACAGAUGGAUUUGGGGGACCGGAUUUUAAAACUUAACACAGAGGUUCGGGAAGUGGGACCUAUCACCAAGAAAGGAUUUUACCUAGCAUUUCAGGAUAUUGGGGCCUGCAUUGCUUUAGUCUCGGUAAGAGUCUACUAUAAAAAAUGCCCCUACAUGGUGCGAAAUUUGGCAAUGUUUCCAGAUACUAUUCCCAGAGUUGAUUCUUCAUCACUUGUGGAAGUACGAGGUUCUUGCAUAAAGUAUGCAGAGGAACGAGACACCCCCAAGUUGUACUGUGGAGCUGAUGGCGAUUGGCUUGUUCCUCUCGGACGCUGUGUCUGCAGUAUUGGAUAUGAAGAAGUGGAUGGAUCGUGCCACGCGUGCCGCCCAGGAUUCUACAAGUCGUUUGCUGGGAAUAUCAAAUGUUCCAAAUGUCCUCCACACAGUUUCACCUAUGCUGAGGCAACAACUGUGUGCCAGUGUGAAAAAGGUUUCUACAGAGCUGAGAAAGACCCUCCGUCUAUGGCUUGUACAAAACCACCUUCGGCUCCAAGGAAUGCCAACUUUAACAUGAACGAAACUGCUCUUUAUUUGGAGUGGAGUCCACCUAUUGACACUGGCGGAAGAAAGGAUGUUGUGUACAAUGUUCUCUGCAAGAAGUGCGAUCCCAGCCAAUGUGAACUCUGUGGCGGCGGAAUUCGUUACGUUCCCGCACAUUCUGGCCUGCAAAAUGCUUCCGUCACUGUGCUGGAUUUCUUAUCCCAUGUCAACUACACCUUUGAUAUCGAAGCAACAAAUGGUGUCUCUGAACUUAGCUUCUUACCCAAACCGUAUACGUCCAUCAUGAUUACAACUGACCAAGAAGCCCCGUCAUUAAUUGGCAUGGUGAGAAAAGACUGGGCAUCGCAAAACAGCAUUGCGCUCUCCUGGCAAGAACCUGACUAUCCAAAAGGGCUUAUUGUGGACUACGAGAUCAAGUAUUAUGAGAAAGAACACGAGCAGCUCAGCUAUUCCUCUACAAGAUCCAAAGCUCCGAGUGUUAUUAUCACAGGCCUGAAGCCAGCCACCAAGUACAUAUUUCACAUCCGUGUCCGCACUACGGCGGGGUACAGCGCCUAUAGCCAUAAGUUUGAAUUUGAAACCGGAGACGAGACAUCUGAUCUGGCUGCAGAACAAGGACAGAUUCUCGUAAUAGCCACGGCGGCUGUUGGCGGAUUUACACUUCUGGUCAUUCUCACGCUGUUCUUCCUAAUCACUGGGAGGUGCCAAUGGUAUAUUAAAGCGAAGAUGAAAUCAGAAGAGAAAAGAAGAGCCAAUUUACAAAAUGGACAUUUGCAAUUCCCAGGUGUGAAAACCUACAUUGAUCCAGAUACUUAUGAAGACCCUUCCUUAGCUGUCCAUGAGUUUGCCAAAGAAAUAGAUCCUUCCAGGAUACGCAUUGAAAGAGUGAUUGGAGCAGGAGAGUUUGGAGAGGUCUGUAGUGGAAGAUUAAAGACCCCGGCGAAGAAGGAAAUCCCAGUGGCCAUUAAAACUUUAAAAGGAGGAUAUGUGGACAGGCAGAGGAAAGAUUUUCUGCGAGAAGCAAGUAUCAUGGGACAGUUCGAUCACCCAAAUAUUAUCCGACUGGAAGGAGUUGUCACAAAAAGCAGACCUGUGAUGAUUGUGGUUGAAUACAUGGAAAAUGGAUCCCUCGAUUCAUUCCUGCGGAAACACGAUGGUCAAUUUACAGUAAUCCAGCUGGUGGGAAUGCUACGAGGAAUUGCCUCUGGAAUGAAAUACCUCUCCGAUAUGGGUUAUGUACAUCGGGACCUUGCAGCCAGGAAUAUCCUAGUCAACAGCAAUUUAGUAUGCAAAGUGUCAGAUUUUGGACUUUCUCGGGUGUUAGAAGAUGACCCAGAUGCUGCAUAUACAACAACGGGUGGCAAGAUUCCCAUACGAUGGACAGCUCCCGAAGCAAUAGCUUUCCGCAAGUUUUCUUCUGCCAGCGAUGCCUGGAGUUAUGGCAUUGUUAUGUGGGAAGUGAUGUCAUAUGGAGAAAGACCCUACUGGGAGAUGUCAAACCAAGAUGUCAUUCUGUCUAUAGAAGAAGGUUAUCGGCUUCCUGCACCCAUGGGCUGCCCAGUUUCACUCCAUCAGCUAAUGCUUCAUUGUUGGCAAAAAGACAGGAAUAUUCGGCCCAAGUUUUCAGAUAUCGUUGGCUUCCUGGACAAACUGAUCCGCAAUCCCAGUGCUCUGCACAUCCUUGUGGAAGAUAUCCUGGGAAUGCCCGAAUCCCCAGGUGAUGCACCAGAAUACCAUUUUGUAGUCACAGUAAGCGAGUGGCUUGAAUCCAUAAAGAUGGGUCAGUACGCCCAUAAUUUCAUGGCUUCAGGGUUCACAACGUUGGACAUGGUUUCGAGAAUGACCAUCGAUGACAUAAGAAGAAUUGGCAUCACACUCAUUGGGCACCAGAGAAGAAUAGUGACCAGCAUACAGACUUUACGACUACAGAUUAUGCAUAUACAGGAAAAAGGAUUCCAUGUAUGAACUUAGUAGAAACAACUGUUUUGUGCCUCAGCAUUUCUUUAACAGAAGAUAUUCUUAUGCCUCAUUUGGGACUUUCCCCCAUCUCUAGAUGAUCAAACUCCUUAUAAAAAGAGAGAGAGAAGAAAAUGCUUCCAGAGUGGGGAUUUUAAAACAAAACUCAGAAAUCUAAAACUGACAUAUUAUCCUGGGCCCUACUGCAGACCGACUGCUUCCUGGUGAUGAAUGACAAAGAAUGGAUGGACUGGUUUGAUAGUUUAUAGUUGGCAUUGGACUCAACUGGGGUAACUCUAGCUUCCUGUUUGAGUAUCUCCUGGAAGACAUGGUGAAGACUGUUGACUUACCUUUGCUACAUGGUUUACCGUUUACACUAUAAAAUGUGCAAUUUAGAAUAAGGAUGCAAAUAUAAAACAAUAUAGCUGAACUAACCAGCUAGCCCAAAACACAAGUUGAUCUUAUCCAUACGUCAAGGUUCAGAGAAUGGCGGAACAACAAGGUGACUUUCCAGGCAUAAGUGAUGGUUUGAUGUAGUAAGCUUGUGUGUGUGACUAUUUCAGAUGAAACAAGUGUACUUCCUAAAGGCCCAGGACUAAAUUAUACCUGUAAUGCUCUAUAUUCUUGUACUUUUACAGUUUAGAAUCUGAAAAAAAAUGUCUUCUAGUGUUUUUAUUAAAUCUCUGCCUCUUAAAACCCUUCCAUAGAAAGUAUUGGGGGGAUGGUGUAGCCCUGCAGGUAGGAUGUGCAGGUAAUAAUUGCUGGUCCUUUGUUUUCUAGGAUAUUUAAAAGCACACAGAAAAAUAGAUAAGCAAAUAUCAUAUGUAUAUGUGUUUCAGUAUUAAGUCUUCUUAAUGAUUACAUAUAAAAAUAUUUAUAUUAAGCUUAAAAAAUAUUUGUUUCCUUUCCGUGCAUAAUGGCAUAACGUGCCUUUUUAUAGGGUCUUCUAUUUAACAAAAUUGCUGCUUCUCGGAGGCCCGGUCCGUACUGAUUCCAGUUUAUUUUACUUUUUUUUUCAUUGCUGAGACUGGUUUCUUUUAUUCUGUCUGCAUUACUCUAUGUCAGAGAACAGGCAGAAUGUGGUUGUAGGUACAGAAGACUCAAGCUAGAGUAAAGGGAACCCAAGCAAUGCAUGAAGUCUAGAGACUCCAUCUGAGGAUGAUUAUAUAGAUCACUGAUGAUCAGCCUGAAGCCCUCUAGCUGUUAUUUAACUAUAACUGAACUACAAGUCACCAUGAUAUAAACAGCUAACAAUUGUUACACAGUAUAAAUGAGUUCUUUCAACUACAUUUCCCCACUUGGGGUCCCUUAUAUACAUCAUGCAUCUACUUUUUUAAAAAAAAUUAACAGAGCCUAGGGGAUCGCCACUUUAUGAGUUAAAAUCAGUCCCACAACCAUGUCUCAACCUAGUAAUUAGUUGGACUUUGGUCCAAUCCAAACCAACUCAAAAAUAUAGGAGGUGUCCUACAAAGAAUAGAUACAGGUAUGGGAUCCCUUAUCCAGAAAGUUCUGAAUUAUGGAAAGGCCAUCUCCCAUAAACUCCAUUAUAA